AUGGCUAACAAAGUUGCAAAGAUUCCCGUCAUUGACCUCUCGGGGGAGAAUCAGGAGCAGGUGGCCAAGGAGCUCGUGGAGGCCGCCAUUGAACAUGGCUUCAUAUACAUCAAGAACACAGGGAAAGAUAUUCCUGCCGAUGCUGUACAUGGCGCAUUUGAUAUGGGCAGGAAGAUCUUCAAAGCACCACUUGAAGAGAAGCAGGCAUGUGCUAUUCAGAAGAACAACCGCGGCUGGUCUGCUAUGCAGUAUGAGACAUUGGAUCCAUCAACCCAGCGUGUCGGUGACUUCAAAGAGGCUUUCAACUUUGGCGAGUUCAUCAACGGCAAAGCCGACCAACCCAUGCCACCCACCAUAGCCCCUCACGAAAGCCAGAUCAACGACUUCCGUGAGCUCUGCUACAACCUCUGCCUCAAGAUCAACACCCUCCUCGGCAUCGGUCUCCAGGUCACACCCCCUGACUUCUUUAAGAACGCUCACGUCCGCGAAAGGGGCGCUUCGGGAACCAUCCUCCGGUUCCUCUACUAUCCGCCCCACACCGAUACCCCUGACGCAAAUCGUGAGGAGGAUGUUCGCGCAGGGGCUCAUUCUGACUACGGUUCCAUGACCCUUCUCUUCCGCCUCAAGGGACAGGCUGGUCUGGAGAUUCUGACCCAAGACGGGAAGACGUGGGCUCCUGUUCCUGUGGUGCCACCGGGGACUGAGAAUGAUCCUUCCCCUCCUAUCCUGUUGAACAUCGGGGAUUUGCUUUCUUACUGGACUAAUGGGCUGCUCAGGAGCACAGUUCACAGGGUGGUGUUUCCUGGUCCGGGCAAGACGUCUGUGGCCGGUGAGACGGAUACUGAGCCGAGGUACUCGAUUGCGUUUUUCUGCCACCCUGUGGGGACGACGCUGUUGGAGCCUGUGCCGAGUGAGAGGGUUAGGAAUCAUGAGGGGGAUGCGCAGGCGAAGCAGGGGAAUCCGUAUGCCGAGAGGAAGGUGUUGACUGCUGAUGAGCAUUUGCAUAUGAGGCUCAAAGCAAGUUAUCUGCAGCUGUAUAAAGAUAAGGAGUAG